AUGGGUGAUUUCCAAACCUCUUCUAAAAGGCAAUACAUUUGGGAGAGCGGAGCUGGCGGAUCCUUCACCGUCCAGAAGGACACAGAGCUUGUCCAUGGAGAGAUCAAGCGUGGCAUCACGGUGUGCCGCAUUUGUGGUUGGGUGGGUGGCCGCCUAGGCACCAAGAUCAUCUGCUACCUCAAGGAGGACCAGUCGGAGUUCUUGGAGGAGCGACGCCUGAAAGACUUGGUCAAGAAGCACUCCGAGUUCAUUGGCUUCCCUAUCGAGUUGUACGUGGAAAAGUCCAAGGAGAAGGAGGUGACGGAUUCUGAGGAAGAGGAGGAGGAGAAGAAAGAUGAAAAGGAAGGCGACGAGCCCAAGAUCGAGGAGGUUGAUGAAGAGAAGGAGAAGGAGGAGAAGAAAAAGAAGACCAAGAAGGUCAAGGAAGUCUCGCACGAGUGGGAGCAGCUGAACAAGAACAAGCCGCUUUGGAUGCGCAAGUCCGAGGAUGUGACCAACGAGGAGUAUGCCUCCUUCUACAAGUCGCUGUCCAACGACUGGGAGGACCACCUUGCUGUGAAGCACUUCAGCAUCGAGGGUCAGCUGGAGUUCCGUGCGCUGCUGUUUGUGCCGCGCCGGGCACCUUUCGAUCUUUUCGAGACCAAGAAGAAGAGGAACAACAUCAAGCUUUACGUUCGUAGGGUCUUCAUCAUGGAUGACUGCGAGGAGCUCAUGCCCGAGUGGCUGAAUUUUGUGAAGGGCGUUGUGGACUCAGAGGAUUUGCCUUUGAACAUCUCUCGCGAGACCCUGCAGCAGAACAAGAUCCUGCGUGUCAUCAAGAAGAACCUGGUCAAGAAGUGCUUGGAAAUGUUUGCAGAGAUCGCAGAGAAGAAGGACGACUACAAGAAGUUCUAUGAGCAGUUCGGCAAGUGCUUGAAGUUGGGUGUCCACGAGGACUCCACCAAUCGCACCAAGGUCGCGGAACUGCUGCGCUACCACACCUCCAAGUCGGGUGACGAGCAGAUCAGCCUGAAGGAGUACGUGGAUCGUAUGAAGGAGGGCCAGAACGACAUCUUUUACAUCACGGGUGAGAGCAUUGCAGCCGUGUCUUCUUCACCCUUCCUGGAGACACUCCGAAAGAAAGGCAUCGAGGUGCUUUACAUGAUCGACCCCAUCGACGAGUAUUCAGUGCAGCAGCUGAAGGAGUUUGAUGGGAAGAAGCUCAAGUCCACCACUAAGGAAGGUUUGGACAUCGAGGACGAGGAUGAGAAGAAGAAGCUGGAAGAGAUGAAGGCUGAGUUCGAGCCUCUCACAAAGUUGAUGAAGGAGGUCCUGGGAGACAAGGUAGAGAAAGUCAUUGUGAGCUCCCGCAUGGCCGAUUCACCCUGCGUCCUGACAACAUCAGAGUACGGAUGGUCUGCCAACAUGGAGCGCAUCUUG